AUGGCUUCGGUUCUCAGCCCCAACGCCGCAGCGCGGCACCUCCUCCGGCCAGCCACAAGAAGCACGCCCCCCCGUCUACUACCAUCCGCCAUUCUCCAUCAGUCCGGUAACAACAGCACGAGGAACCCGCGCAUCAGCGAUCCUCAGUCCAUCGCGCAGCGCCUCGGCCGCCGAUACAAGUCGGGCCCCUACGGCUACACCCAAGCCAAGACGCUCGUCUUCUCGCGCUUCGGCGAGCCGUCGGACGUGCUGCGGCUGCACACGCACUCCAUCUCGCCGACGCUGCCGGACGGCGCCGUCCUGGUGCGCGCCCUGGCCGCCCCCGUCAACCCGGCCGACGUCAACACCAUCCAGGGCACGUACGGCGCCCGCCCGGCCUUCUCGCCGCUCCUCGGCACCCCCGAGCCCUCCGCCGUGCCGGGGAACGAGGGCUGCUUCGAGGUCGUCGCCGUCGGCCCCCGCGUCGGCGGCGGCCUCAGGAAGGGCGACUGGGUCAUCCCCGCCACCACCGGCUUCGGCACCUUCCGGACGCACGCGCUCGUCGAGAACGCCGACCGCGCCCUCCUCCGCGUCGGCGGCGACAAGGGCACCGCCGGCCUGACCGCCAAGCAGGUCGCCACCGUCAGCGUCAACCCGUGCAGCGCCUACCGCAUGCUCAAGGACUACGUCGACCUGGUCGACCUGAGCGUCAAGAGCUUCGCCCGCGGCGACGGCGCCACCGGCGGCGCCUGGUUCCUGCAGAACGGCGCCAACAGCGGCGUCGGCCGGGCCGCGAUCCAGCUGGGCCGGCUGUGGGGCCUGCGGAGCAUCAACGUGGUGCGGGAGCGGGCGACGGCCGAGGAGACGGAGGCGCUCAAGAGCGAGCUGAGAGAGCUCGGGGCGACGGUGGUGGUGACCGAGGCCGAGUUCCUCGACCGGUCCUUCUCCGCCCGCCUCAAGGAGGAGUGGACGCGCGGCGACAGGGAGCCCGUCAUGCUGGGGCUCAACUGCGUCGGCGGCAAGUCGGCGUCGGCCAUGAUCAAGGCGCUCAGCCCCAAGGGCUGCAUGGUCACGUACGGCGGCAUGUCGAGGCAGAGCUUCCCCUUCCCGACCGGCCCGCAGAUCUUCAAGCGGCUGCGGUUCGAGGGCUUCUGGCUGAGCGAGUGGGCCAAGGAGAACCCGGCCGAGAAGCGCAACACCAUCAACGAGAUCCUCGAGCUCAUGCGGGAGGGCAAGUUCAAGGAGUCUCCCUUCAAGGAAGUCGAGUGGAACUGGGACACUGAGGAGAAGGUCCUCAAGGACGCCAUCCAAGGGACCCUGGAGGGCUUCAAGAGCGGGAAGGGCCUGUUCGUCUUCGGCGACACAUAG